UCAACAGGGACAUUUGUACAUUACAAACAACUUCGGUUACCGAUAGAAAAAAAAAAUUUGAACGCAAAUCCUAAUAACAGUUCCUUGUCCCGUUUAGUUUAUGCGUCUUCGAGAUGGAUACUAGCACGUAUUCUCAUGGUAAUCAAAGUGUUCAAACCGUUGCACAGCGAAAGUUUUAUCAGUGGGUACUUAAAUGGAUAAACGGUGUACACUCGAAUACUGAAUCAAACGGUGAAGAAAUGCGUGAUAUUCGACACUCGGCGAAGCCAGAUGUACGAAUACUCGCUAGUUUCUUGCAAGCAAUCGGUUUUAAACUUCUUUCGUUUGAAAAGCAUCAUGAUGGGUAUGCUCAAAAGAAGACGGAAAAUGAUGUCUCGUCAUCUGAACAAGGAGUUCUUAGAGUUAUAAUUGAAUGCGAUACCUCAAAUAUGAAAGCAGUUUUGGAAUUAGAAGGGAUCACGUGUCGGUGCCCUAACUCCGAUCAUAUUAAAGAAGCAUCUUUUUGGAGUAUAAGUGGUACCGGGCCUGUUGGAAGCACUGAUAACAUUAUGCAAAAAGUAGAGGAGACAGGUAGUAAUCUGAUACCCCCUCUGUCAAAAGACGUUGCCCGACUUUUGCGUGAUGUAUCGUGCAAAUUAUUCGACACAAUCGCGUACGAACCGGAUGUCAAUCGUAACACGGACGUAAGCUUAAAUGUUUCGCGUUCAAGUAAUGCAUCUUGCGAACGGCAGAAUGCUUCGAAAAAAGAAGUUGGAGUUACGCGAAGCCACACGCAACCGGAAAUGCGUCUUAAUACGAACAGUUUAAAUUCAAAGCGUCCCUUUGAAACUCAUGAGAAAAAUAUAAACUCCGAGGCAUCACAAAUUCGAAAUGAAUCUACAGGGCAAGAAAAUAAACCUCCUUUACAACGUCAAAGAACGUGGGACAUUGAUGCCGAAAUACAAAAUUUGGAUGAAGAACCACGACCGUCACCUCCGAAGCUUACGAGUUCUCCUGCUAUGAUCGCUGAAUUAUCCAAUUCGUUAGGGCAAAUAUCUCUACACAGCGAUAUUGACAAUUCUAGAAAUAUAACAGAAUACAUUAUAGGAGCAAAGGAGAAUUUGGAAAAAGUACUUAAAAUGUUGUUAGUCAAGAAACCAAUGAUUCUGAAUGAUUUAUCACCUAAUACAGGUAAUUGUUUAUAUGAUAAACAUUUUUUUCAAACGUUAUUUAUAAAAUUAAUUUUUACAUUAGAUCAGGACAGCGCAUCCGUGAAAUCAGCACCGGCGAAUGUAUCACCAACUGCUGUCAUCAGCCCUUACAAAUCAACUCGAAUGAAUACAAUGGAUAAUAUUAAACUUUUACCAAAGCAAAACAAUUUGACGCAAGAACAAUUCUUAAAAAUAACACGAGUACCGAAAGCACGACGCAGUAUCGAGCCAAUAUUGUCCAGAAGGAAUGAACAAGAUAGUUCAAAGCUCGCCGCGGGUCGACGCAGUAGUUUUUAUACCCCUUCGUCAGCUAAUUCUAAUAUUUCAUCACUUUCGAAACCGGAAAUGAAACAUAAAUUGUUGGGUAUCGGGAAGUACAAUAUUUCAAAAACUAGUAACGCAAUUGAAUCUGAUAUUUCGAACAGGAUUUCAUUAACAACAAGAGUUGCUUCACCGGAGCCAAAAAUUGGUACUUCCCCAAAUGUGGAAACAUCGAAUGGACGUGCUUCAUUGAUAAAACCUCCCACAAAAAUUAUAAAAUCGAUACCCGUUAAAAUAAAGCCAGUUCAAUCUUCGAAAAUAAACACAGGAAUUGUUAAGAAGCCAAGAGUCAGCCUUCCGAAGGAUUGAACUAUUUGAUUAUUUAUAUUAUUUAAUUUGUAGACAUUUUCAUACUAUUUAAUCAUUUUAAACGAAGAUUCGUUCAGAUGUUUUAUUUUUUUUUCUUAAGUAUUGAAAUACAUUAUUAUCUGUGAGUGUAA